GAACUUGGCCCGCCAGUAACUCGGUCUCCAGGCACCGGGAAUAACAGAAGCUAGCUGAGAGCGCCUGCGCGACCGUCGGUUGAGGGGGAGGUUGGGUCUGGGAAACUAGGCCCUGGGGUUUUCCCUGAGCAGGAGCGGUGCCCGAGGGCCUCAGGCAUCAGUCCAGGCCCUGAAUGGCUGGUCUCCAGCGGUUGGCAUCACAUCUGCCUGUGGGCGUUAUGCUUCCACAUAAUACAACAGAAGCUCCAGGGCCCCACUCAGCCAAGCAAGACUCUUACGAACAAAGUGACUCUUCCCAGCAGUCCUUGAAGGGGCACCUGAGGAAUAAUUUCCAGAAGCAGCUUUUGAGCAACAAAGAGUUGACUCUGGAUAAAGUCCAUACUCACCCCAAAUGGAACACCCACACAAAAGCCCGGAGCUACUCCUAUCCCCACUGUACUGGAAUCAGCCACCAAGAUGCAGGAAGUGAUUUCCAGGGCCAAGGAAAUGGUUUGUUUUACUCAUCAGGCCCUCAAUCCUGGUAUCCCAAAGCCAAUAACCAGGACUUUAUCCCCUUUACGAAGAAACGAGUUGGAGUGGACCGGGCGUACCCACUGAAACCUGUGGUCCACAGGAAGUCGUGCAGUACAGGUGAGUCUGGCACUGAUGGGGACCAGAAUGUCUACCCAAGGCCCCCUGAACUGAGAGAGUUUUCAUCCAGGAACUUUGAUGUGAGGAACCAGAUCAACUUUUCUGUGGUUGAUCCUGUUCUUGCUGCCAUGCAGGCGGAGAAGGCCUUGGCAAACUUGGACAGGAUGGAGUGGGUGCAGAUCCGAAGACUAGAAGCUGCAGGGGAGAGCUUAGAGGAGGAAAUCCGAAGAAAGCAGAUUCUCCUGAGGGGAAAGCUGAAGAAGACAGAGGAGGAACUCAGAAGGAUCCAGACGCAAAAGGAACAGGCCAAGGAAAAUGAAAACAGAGAGCUACAGAAAAUUAUAUUCCCCAGGAGCAGAGUUAAAGGUAACAACAGCAACACCACGCACAAAGCUGUCUUCUCCCCAGAAUUUGAUUUUGAGGAAGAAUUUAGUAGAGACAGGAGAGAGGAUGAAACUUGGGGACGGUCUCAACAAAAUUCGAGUCCAUUCCAGCUCUCUGAUUAUAGAAUCCAGAGACUCAAAAGGGAAAGGCUGGUAGCAAGCAAUAACAAAAUUCGAGACCGAGUCUCAGAGCCGUCGAUGGAGAAGUUCUCCCCGCCUUCAGAAACACCAGGCGGUGCUUUGCAGGGAUCUGCCAGAAAUUCCAGCCUGUCCAUGGCACCAGACUCCUCAGGUUCCAGCGGCUCCACUGAAGAGCCGCAACUGGGUGAGUGCAGCCACUGUGGGCGAAAAUUCCUCUUGUUCAGGCUGGAGAGACACUCCAACAUCUGCAGCAGGAUGCAGGGUUCCAAGAGGAAAGUGUUUGACUCCUCCAGGGCCCGGGCUAAGGGCACAGAACUAGAGCAGUACUUGAACUGGAAGGGGCCAGCUUCAGCCAAGGCUGAACCUCCUCAGAACAACAACUGGAGACAGAAGCACGAAUCUUUUAUCCAUACACUCCGCCAGGCUCGAGAGGUCCAGCAGGUAACUGCCAAAGGUGAAAACCGUUCACACUUGCCUCCCAUCCUGCCUGCAGAAAACCCAGACUACAUUCAGUGUCCUCACUGUAGCCACCACUUUGCUCCCAAGGUGGCUGAGCAACACAUUCCCAAGUGUAAGACCAUCAAGAACCGUCCUCCACCUCCAAGGAAGCAUUAUAGUUGAGCAGACAACAAUGGAAACUUUUGGAUAGGUCAGAAAGCUCUGCUUCUCUUCAGCAGUAAAUGGGAGUAGAAUUUGAUGCAAAGCAGAGAGAAAUCAAACAGCUCCCAGAUCUGCCUGCAGAGUUAAAGUCUGUGAGGAGAGAGCCACUGCUAAGCAGCAGGAGGCAGAAGGAAGCCCCAGCUUCCCACUAAAUUACAACCUUGGGCUGGUAAGCUUUAUGUUAUUGCCCUCAGAAUUGACGGGUGAAGACACUGAAGAGUCGUGAGCAGGCUCCAUUAAAGCUCUCUUCUUGCAUGCCUGACUUGUGGUUUGUGCUAGUGAAGUGCCUGCAUCUGGUUGUGCCUUCCUGUCACUGCAUGUAUGUUCAGAGUUCCUGUUAACUCUUGCUUUUGUAGAAGCUGGAGUUAUUAGGAUGUGUUGGAGUCAGAGGGGCAUGAUCACCCAGAUGGUAACUCUUAUGAAAGAUAAUUUUGCUGUAAGGCAUUAUUAAUGGAAAUCUAUCCUUGGUCUCCCUGGUGCAUGAUCCUGGCCAAAAACCAAUACAAGUAUGUAAGGUUAAGGCACCAAUGUCUCCUAAACCUUCCCUAUGGUGUACUGUGUAAUAAAGGAAAGAUCUUUAUGUACUUUAUAGGGUAGGGAUGGGUGUUGGGGGGAAACACAUUAUACUUCUCCUUGUUCUUUUCUAAUGGGUUUCAUAUGUUAAGAAAGAAACCUCCAUUUUAGCUGUUAAUAGCACUCUACUUUCAAAUCAGUUUGGCUAAAUGACUGUUUAGAGGCAGCAAAAUCUACCAUCAAAGUAAGCUGAGAUAGGCUGGGCAUGGUGGCUCAUGCCUAUAAUCCCAGCACUUUGGGAGGCUGAAGUGGGAGGAUUGCUUGAGGCCAGGAGUUCAACAGCAGCCUCGACAACAAAGCAAGAGCCCGUCUCAAAACAAAACAAAGCUGGGACAUUGCACAGUGUCACAUGCCCUUGGCAUAGUCAACUUCUAUUUGAGAGAGUAAACUCUGAAGGGAAAGGGAUCAAAUCUUUUUAGUUUUCUCUGUGUAGAAUAUUGCCUAGCACAAGUUAGACCUCAAUUAAUGAGGUCUGGAGAUUAAAAAUUAAACAAGGUGAAUGAGUCCUAGACUAGUGAAAUAAGAGAACUGAUAAUGUCUGCGAGAGUAUUAUCAGUUCAAAUAGGAGUGAAGUUAGCACAACAGAGAAAUCCUAGGAUUACUGUUCUGUAUUACCCAAAUUGUUAGUUUAAAAUACUGGAGAAAAACUGCUCAAUUUGAGCUAGGCAACAGGGCUAGACAGACAACAAAAUCCUAUUUUACUAAAUAACAAAGCCACUCACUCCUGCUCCAUUUCCUCUGCAGCUUCUGCUGAGUUGCUGGGCUAACAGAUCAGACCAAUUUGAAAUGUGAGUUAAGGCUUUAGCGGUGAAGCUGCAGGACACAGGCUGGGAAAAAAGUCCUAUAUAUUUAAAAAGGAGCACAUAUUUCUUUGCACCCUUUUUAAUUGUUCCAAAGGAAAGGAGGUAUCACAUAAUAAAGCUUUAUGGGUAGCCCCUUAAGGAAACCUCACACAGAGAUAAUGGAUAUUUAACCUAAUAGGUACAUUCCCUAGGCAAGUUCAAUGGAAUGUACACUUUAAGUGGGAAUGUAAACUAGUACAUUGCAAUAGAUGGCAA